GCCCGAUAAGUCGGGGUAAUAUCUACCCUUUCAGGACACCUGUUUCUGUUGCUCGUCCGGUUGUGUGGAAGGGACCAUAUAGUACGCAGGUUGUAUGCCACACCAGAAUGUCUGAACCUCAAGAAAAGGUAGACGUUGGAAGCUUGAAAGACAAAUUCUUGGAAUGCCCCGUGUGUGUGGAACAUUUCAACCAGACUGACCGACGUCCUCGUCUCCUCCACUCCUGCCUCCAUGCCUUCUGCACACAGUGUCUUCAGCAGCUUCUUGUUAAGGAGAGGAAAGGUCAGAUCACAUGUCCACUAUGUCGUCAAGUCCAAAGAGUCCAUGGAAACGCUGACACACUCGAGGUUGAUGGCCUGAGGGACAAGCUAGUAGAGUUCCUGCAGAUCAAGCAGGAUAAGAAGGCCCAUUGCAGUGAGUGUCCUGAGGAGGAAUGAGGCUGUUUCACGAUGUCAAGAAUGUCACAGCUAUCUGUGUAAGGAAUGUGACUUUGUACACAGACGUCAUCGGCUUAGCAGAGACCAUGUCAUCAUGUCUCUUUGGGACCUUAUUGACCAGCCAAUAACGUCAUUUGCAAAAGUCAUUUUGUCCUAACCACCCGGAACACAACCUUGAAUUCUACUGUGCAACAGAAGAGAAACUAUGCUGUGUCUCCUGUACAGUUCUAGGCCACAAAAAUCAUGAUUUGCAGCAGCUGGAAGAGGCAUCAGCUGCAAAGAAGACAGAACUGGAAACCAAACUCGCUCAAGUCCAUGGCCAUGCAGAUCGUUUAAGAAAUAAUAAGAAAAAAAAUAAAACGCCAAGAAAAAGCAUAUUGAAGACAUGAGGGCAAAAUCUUUAUCAGAUAUUAACACCAUGUUUGAUCACUUCAAGACCGUUUUGGACAAGAGAAAACUGCAGCUGGAAGACUGAUGUAAAACAAAGAAGUGCCAGUUUGUUAUCCAUUCUCCAAAAGAACAUGGAAUCUACUGACCAGACUUUAGCAGGUUAUAGACUCCACUGACACAUAUUUUGCACAGGCCAAGAGAAGGCUGACGUUGUUGAGAUGCUGCAGAUGUAUCCUGCUAUAAACAGGAGCCUGGAAUCACUGAUUGAUACACCUACCAGUUUGCAGCUUGGUAUUGAACAAACUAUGCUAGACAUCAGAUUCGUGCCACAAGAAGCUUCUCACAUAGAAACACUGGUGGCCAAUGUUGGCGUUUAUCAAGACCCAUGGAAGAUGCAGCUAGGGCAAAACAAUCAUUGGCCACAUUUAAAGCCAGUAACUCUUCCUACAAAUUUAUCAAGGAAUACUACCCAUUCUUUAGCUGAUACGCUCAAACACUUCUUCGCUGGGAAUCAUCUUGAACACUCAUCUACACCCGAGCGAAGGAUAGAUCAACCAGUUAAUCAGGUAUUCAAAGUCGGUUCUGUCAGCGUCCUUGUUUACUCAGCAGACAUAACAACACUGAAGAUUGAUGCAAUUGUCAAUGCUGCAAACAGACAUCUGGGUCAUGGAAGUGGAGUUUCCAGAGCUAUACAUGAUGCUGCUGGGGAUGCUUUAGAUGAUGAAGGAAGACGGUAUGUUCACAACAAUGGCCCCAUCCCUGUAUCUGGUGUGGUAAGAACAACAGCAGGCAGAAUGCCUUGUAGGAUGGUACUCCAUGCAGUUGGACCAGCCUGGAAUGACUAUAAGGAUUAUGACAAGAUGAAGUGUGAAGAUGACCUGUGCAAGACCAUCCUGCGAUGCCUUAUUGAAGCUACUAAUGCAGGAGCUGCCAUAGUGGCAAUACCAGCAAUAAGUUCAGGUAUAUUUUGUGUACCAAAGCAAAGGUGCUGUAAUGCAUAUGUGAGAGCAACAAAACUAUUUGGUAUGUGGACGGGCAGCAAGAGAUGCUUGACAGAAGUUCACUUUGUUGAUAAGAGUGAAAGCAUAGUUCAUAUGAUAGCCACAACAUUCUCUCAAUCCAAGCUUUCAACGAUCACACCAAGACCUGAUGAGGAAAGAUUUAUGAAGCAAUACAUGAAACACUGACAUUCGUGACUAACUCGACUUAUUUAGGGACAAGCCAAAUACCGACUCGUGCCCCUCUGGAGGGAUUUCAUAUUGGCCUGUGGACAUCAGAACUACUUCAAACAAGAGUGAGUGA